AUGAUAAACAAUAGAAAUGCCACAGUCCUUAACUAUACCUAUAUUCCCGAGGAUUAUAUUUUGUGGAUUGCAAAUGAACGAUUGUACGAAAUCAACAAGCCCACUGUGGUGAUUCUUAUACUGUUGAUACUCUUUGGAAUGUUCGGGAAUCUCCUCGUUAUCUACGUUUUUGGAUUUCGUUUGCAGAAAUCAACUGUGCACACAUACAUAAUAAGUUUGUCUGCAUUUGAUACUUUGACUUGCCUUUUAUUAAUUUUCGAGGUAUUUGAUAAACGUUUCCCCAUGUAUAGCGGGAACUUCCCAGAAAUCUGCAAAGUAGUCCGAUGCUUAGAAGUGUUUGCCAAUGGAUGUGCCAGUCUUAUUAUGGCAAGCAUUGCUUUCGAUCGCUUCUACAAAGUCUGGAAGCCGUUCAAGAGACUGUCUAUAAGAACAGUUAAAAAAAGCAUAUUGGGAAUAGUGAUAACAAUGGUGGUUCUCAGUUGGCCCAUGGCAAUCUUUCACGGACCAGAAACAGUUUCAACUAUUUAUACCACAAUAAGAGGAACAGACUGUGCUGACGACGACCGCUUUAAAGGAUCUGUGUAUACCGGAAUUUAUUUCCUUGGUCUAUUCGUCAUUAUUCUCUCUUGUUUAGUAGAAAUUGUUGUCAUGUAUCUUUUAGUGUUUAUAAAUAUUUUAAAAUGGAAACGUAAUGUAAUUGGUGAGAAUAUUCCAACAACCUCGAACAAUUCCAGGCAAUCUUCUUACUCUUCAAAACAAAUAAGCAGAUGUGUAAAGCAAAGUAAAAGAAAUAGGCAAUCAACAAAAAGGGAUUCUAUUUUCGAUAAUGACGAUUCGGUCAAAAGACACGAUUCCCUAAAUAAACCUGAUCACAAGAAAAGAAAUAUCUUCAAACUAAAAAAGGAAAAUGAUGUGUUUUCUGAUCUUACAAAAAGCAUAUCUGCCUUCACAAUAUGCAAUAGGGAUGAAUCUAACUUCAGCACCUCAAACGAACAUGAAGCAGAAAGGGGGUCUAAGAGAAAGACAGAAAUAAUGGAUACCCCUAUACAUACCCUCGCUGACCCGCAAAAUUCAAACGCAAUAGAAAAUAAAAUGCGGAACAGAGACAGUUUCUAUAAACCCAGAUACAUGGUUCGUCGACAGAGUGGGAGGGUCAAGGUUAAACUCGGUUCUACAACCGCCAUGUUUAGUUUGAUAGCAUUGAUUUUCACAAAGAGACAGAACUCAAUAUGUACCUUGACAACCAUGCCAGGAAGUGAAGCAGGCAUGAAAUCAUAA